AUGUUCUCAAGGAGAAUAGCUUGGGGGAAAAAACAGGUUCUUAAGGGGAAGAAAAAGGAAGGAAACGCUGCAAGAUACAUCACUAGAUCACAAGCUGUCAAAUCCCUUCAAGUCAGUCUAUCACUCUUCAGGAAGUUAUGCAUUCUCAAAGGUAUCUUUCCCCGAGAACCAAAGAAGAAAGUGAAAGGUAAUCACCACACGUAUUAUCACUGGAAAGAUAUUAUGUUCCUUAGACUUGAGCCAUUACUUGAGAAGUUUAGAGAAAUGAGGGCAUAUGAGAAGAAGGUAAAGAAAGCUAUUUCAAAGAAGAAUAGGGAUCUUGCUGAACGUCUAUUGACUCGCAAACCUUCUUACACCCUUGAUAUGCUUAUUCGAGAAAGGUUGGCAGAGGUUGAGGGGCAAAAGAUCACUUGGUUAACUCCUCAUGCAUCACAGCAAGUAUUGCCUGAAGAUGUUGACUUCAAAAUCAUGCUGACUUUCUUGGAAUUUUAUGAGACUUUAUCAUUCAAUAAAUGUGAAAUAUAUCCACCCAUUCUUGAUCCUCGGCUGGAAGCUUUAGCAGCAGAUCUUUAUGCUUUGUCAAGAUACUUUGAUGCCAGUUCUAAAGGCCCCACGGUGGGAUCACAGGCGGAUAGUUCAUGUGGAUAUGAGCAAGUUGAGGACAAGCAAGCAAGUGCAAAGCUUGAUGAGUCUGAACUUAGACUGGCCCAACCUCAGCAUCAACUUCCCUUCAAUGAACCUGACAUUGUCCCUCAUUUUAACGUUAAUUGGGUUCCUAGAGAUUCAUUGCUUUUUGUCAUUCCUGCUUUUGGCGGUGUGGUUUCUUGGGAGGGAGAAGGAGCUCCACUUGAGGAAUCUGACCAGAGCAUUACUCAUCAGGUUGUUGACAAGCCAACGCAGGGCCGCAGGUUUCUUUCCAGAGAAUAUGUUCAGCCACAUUCAAGCACGUGUUAUAAUUUUCUUGAGGGUUCCUCCGCCACAUUUAUCGCGUUUGUUGACAAUGAGGCAGAAGGCUAUGUUCCUGAGUAUGCAGAGACCAUCAAACAGCUGCAGGCUGCUGCAAGAAAAAAGUUCUUCCAAUACCAGGUGUGGGAAAAGAAGAUUUGGAUGAUCCUCAGAAUGUAUUGGUCGAAGGUAUUAUCAGCCGGGCUGAAGCUAUUGAAGCUGCCGAGAAAAAGGGGAACAGUUAGCGACAGAAGAGAGAAGAAGAUGGGACUAUAUAACUAUCUAAGUCCGGGUGAGGGGGUACUUCCGGUGCUGGUGAUUAACACAGUAUUGUCUGUGGCUCUUUUGAAGAACAUGGUGAGAUCAUUGCUUCAGGUGGUGGGUAGUGCCACUGGGCCACCACAAAAUUUAGAGGCAGACCCAUCACGUGAUGGCUCUGAGAAUGGAAUAGCAAGAAGAGUGUCGAUUAUGCGUUACGAAUCCUUGUGUAAAAACAUGUCUGGUCUCGCCGGAACUAGUAGUGGCAAUGGCAAUAUGUGGUCUUCAAUAGAGUGUUGUGUGUGUCUGUGUAAGUUUGAGGGUGAUGACAAGGUGAGUGAGUGAGUUGUCUUGCAAGCAUUUAUUCCACAAGGGUUGUUUGAAGAAGUGGUUUGAAAACCAACACAGCACUUGUCCUCUUUGUCGUUCCAUCGUCUAAGUACUUGGGUUAGUGGGUGGGGUUAUUCCAGGAAUACUUUUCCCACUUCGUACCUUUUUUACCCACCCAUGUUUGUGGAACAAAUUACAUAAGA